AUGGCAUCAAUUCAGACCGACGAACCUGUUCCAAAACAUCAGACUAUCUCUCCGGCGAUCUUUUACUGGGGUACGCCUGUCGUUCUGAUCACUACCGAAAAUCCAGAUCUCACCUUCAACAUAGCCCCAAUGUCUUCUGCUUGGUGGCUCGGAAAUCGUUGCAUGCUCGGGCUCGGCGCCAUUUCCCAAACGACUAUCAAUCUUCUCCGUACUAAGCAGUGCGUCCUCAAUCUAGCUUCAGAUAGCAUGGCCGGCGUAGUGAACGCUCUCGCUCGAACCACGGGCUCUGCGGAGAUCCUAACGGCACAGCCAGAUGAGGGGUACAAAUAUUUCAAGAGGAUGAAUGGUUAUGUCUAUGUUCAUGACAAAUUCGGACAUGCCAAGUUGACGCCGCUCGAAUCGGAUUUGGUUCGCCCUGCCAGGAUCAUGGAGUGUCCGGCACAGAUGGAAGCGGAACUUGUUGGGGUAUAUGAGAUGAUGCAGGACGCAGAUACCAAGGGUUUUAUUGCGUUGGAGGUUAAGGUGUUGAGGACUCAUGUCCAUGAAGACAUCAGAAUGGAGGGACGGGAGAAUCGGAUUGAUCCUAACAAGUGGCGCCCCAUGAUUAUGAGUUUUCAGGAGCUUUAUGGAUUGAAGGGUGGAAAGGUUGAGGAGUCAAAAUUGGCAGGGAUUGGGGAGGAGGAGUAUAGGGCAUUUUCUAAUGCCGCUGAAGUUGAGGUAGUGAACUGA